GCUUUGUUUAAUGAUAUGCUAUUGAAAAAUAUCAAGCCAAAUGCUCGUACCUUUAACAUAUUGGUUGACGCAUUGUGCAAGGAAGGAAAGGUCAAGGAAGCAAAAUAUGUGUUAGCUGUUGUGAUAAAAGAAGGUGUAAAACCUAAUGUUGUUACUUAUAGUACAUUAAUGGAUGGGUAUUGCUUAGUUAAGGAAGUGAACAAUGCAAAAUAUGUGUUCAAUACUAUGGUCCCAAGGGGAGUGACUCCUAAUGUUUGGAGCUACACAAUCAUGAUUAAUGGAUUAUGUAAGAGUGGAAUGGUCGAUGAAGGCUUGAAUCUUUUUAGCGAAAUGCAUCGCAAAAAAAUGAUUCCUAAUACGGUAACUUACAAUUCUCUUAUUCAUGGUUUGUGCAAAUCAGGGAGAAUCUCUUCUGUUUGGGAUCUUAUUGAUGAGAUGCAUGAUAAAGGUCAACCACCUAAUAUAAUCACUUACAAUUCCGUAUUAGACUCUUUAUGCAAAAACCAUUAUCUUGACAAGGCAAUUGCAUUAGUCACGAUAAUUAAAAACCAGGGAAUUCUGCCAAAUAUGUGCACAUACACUAUACUUAUUGAUGGAUUAUGCAAAGGUGGAAGACUUAAGAAUGCACAAGAGGUUUUCCAGGAUCUUUUGUUUAAAGGCUAUCUUCUAGAUGUCCAGACAUAUACUGCUAUGAUCAAUGGUCUGUGUAAAGCAAGCUUGUUUGAUGAAGCAUUGUCCUUGCUAUCCAAAAUGGAAGACAAUGGUCGUAUGCCUGAUGCAGUAACUUUUGAAGUAAUUAUUCGUGCUCUCUUUGAAAAAGAUGAGAAUGAUAAGGCGGAGAAACUUCUACGUGAAAUGAUUGCUAGAGAAACGAGGCAAAAUGAUCACUCUCCCAGCGUUCAGCCAAUCCGUAUGUCAAGCUGUUUUCAUUUUGGAUCGGCAAACCCUAACAUUACAGUAACACAACUUGUAGCUGCUAACAACAAUGUCAAUGUCAAUGUAAAUGUAAAUGUCAAUGUCAAUGUCAAUGCCAAGUUUAAGAUACUCAAGAGGGGUUAUCACCCAGAUACCAUAACCUUGAACACUCUUAUGAAAGGUCUCUGUCUUAAGGGUGAAGUUAAGAAAGCACUGAUCUUUCAUGACAAGGUGGUAGCUCAAGGAUUUCAGUUGAACCAAGUUAGUUAUGGGACCUUGAUCAAUGGGUUAUGUAAAAUAGGAGAAACAAAAGCGGCCAUACAGUUGCUGAGAAAGAUUGAAGUGCAAUUAGUUCAGCCUGAUGUGGUAAUGUACAACACAAUCAUUGAUAGCCUAUGUAAAGAUAAACUUAUAACUCAAGCCUGUCAAUUGAAAGAAGGGUUUGCUUUGUUUAACGAAAUGCUAUUGAAAAACAUCAACCCAGAUGCUCAUACCUUUAACAUAUUGAUUGAUGCAUUGUGUAAGGAAGGAAAGGUUAAAGAAGCAACAAAUGUGUUAGUUGUUAUGAUAAAAGAAGGUGUAAAACCUAAUGUUGUUACUUAUAGUACAUUAAUGGAUGGGUAUUGCUUAGUUAAGGAAGUGAACAAUGCAAAAUAUCUGUUCAACACUAUGGCCCAAAGGGGUGUGACUCCUAAUGUUCACAGCUACAGUAUCAUGAUUAACGGAUUAUGUAAGAUUAGAAUGGUGGAUGAGGCCAUGAAUCUCUUUGAAGAAAUGCAUCGCAAAAAUAUGAUCCCCAAUGCGGUAACUUACAGCUCUCUUAUUGAUGGUUUGUGCAAAACAGGGAGAAUCUCUAUUGUUUGGGAUCUUAUUGACGAGAUGCAUGAUAAAGGUCAACCAGCUAAUAUAAUCACUUACAAUUCCAUUAUACACUCUCUAUGUAAAAGUCAUCAUCUUGACAAGGCAAUUGCAUUAUUCACCAAAAUUAAAGAUCAAGGUAUUCGGCCAAAUGUGUUGACAUUUACUAUACUUAUUGAUGGAUUAUGCAAAGGUGGAAGACUUAAGAAUGCACAAGAGGUUUUUCAGGAUCUUUUGAUUAAAGGCUAUCCUCUAGAUGUCCAGACAUAUUAUGUUAUGAUCAAUGGACUUUGCAAAGAGGGUUUGUUUGAUGAAGCAUUGGCCUUGCUAUCAAAAAUGGAAGACAAUGGUUGCAUCCCUGAUGUUGUAACUUUUGAAGUAAUUAUUCAUGCUCUCUUUGAAAAAGAUGAGAAUGAUAUGGCGGAGAAACUUCUUCGUGAAAUGAUUGCUAGAGGCCUAUCGUAAGAGAAAACUAGGUACUUAUUUUGUUUCGAUAUCCUUGGGGUUCUUCAUUCUUUUGAUUCAGCAGCUAGGGAUGGAGUUACUUGUCACUUGAGGUUUUCAGAUCCGUUGUCUUAAGGAAUGUAAAAAACUAG